AUGGCCCAGUUUUACUUUGGUGUUCAAAGAUCAGUAGAUAUGGUAUUCAGUUUGAUCUCCUUCUUUAUUUUGAUAUCAGUUUCACCUUCAAAUGGAUAUGAUCCUUUGGAUCCUCAUGGCAACAUAACUAUUAAAUGGGAUCUUUUGCAAUCUAAUCCUGAUACAAAUGAUGUGAGGGUAUCGAUAUUUAACUUCCAAUUAUACCGCCAUAUAGAGCGGCCGGGGUGGCAGCUUGGUUGGGAAUGGCAAGGUGACGAGGCGAUUAUGAGCAUGCUCGGUGCGGAGGCAACCGAGCAAGGCAAUUGUUCGAGGUUCAAAGGAGGUGAAAACCUCCCUCAUUGUUGUGAAAAGCAACCAAUGAUUAUUGAUCUAUUACCAGAAGCCUCAUUCAACAUGAAAACAAGUAAUUGUUGCAAGGGGGGAGUAUUGUCUUCAAUGGUUCAAGACCCUAGUAACUAUGCUGCAAUUUUUGUGAUGCAAAUUGGGGCUGUCAAUAGUUCAGAUGGGUUCAAAAUGCCAGGGAAUUUUAGCUUCGGAGUUUCGGGUUAUACUUGUGGGCAACCGGUUCGGGUUCCGCCGAGUCGGUAUAGUUCGGAUAGUGGCCGUAGGUGGACUCAGGCUCUCGGAACAUGGAAUAUUACAUGUAUGUACUCCCAAUUCGUGGCAUCAAGUUCACCACAGUGCUGUGUUUCCUUAUCAGCAUUCUACAACACAACCAUUGUCCCUUGCCCUAAAUGCAGCUGCAGUUGCCAUGCAUCCAAAUGUGUCAAGUUCGGGGAAACGCCACCGGUGUUGCAAGAAACGAGAGACUGGAAUCAACAGUUACCGGCACUAAUAAGAUGUUCGUCACAUAUGUGUCCGAUACGAAUACAUUGGCAUAUAAAGCAAAGUUACAAACAAUAUUGGAGGGUGAAAGUAACUUUGAAUAAUAGGAAUAUAUUGAAGAAUUACAGUCAAUGGAAUUUGGAGGCAGUACACCCAAAUUUGAAAAACUUGACACAAGUUUUCAGCUUCAAUUAUGAGCCACUUAAUCCAUAUGGGCAUAUCAAUGAUUCGGGGAUGUUUUGGGGGAUUCGUUAUUACAACGACAUGUUGUUGCAGGAAGGUGAAAACGGGUACGUGCAAACCGAGAUGUUGAUGCGUAAAGGCGAAGAUUUUCUGAGUUUCAGACAAGGAUGGGGUUUUCCGACAAGGGUUUUGUUUAAUGGUGAUGAAUGUGUUAUGCCGCUUCCAGAUCAGUACCCAACGUUGCCUAACAAUGGUGGAAAUGGUCCUAUAUUUAGCCUUUCUUUGAUCGUUCUCUCUUUAUUAGUGCUAACAAUUGUUUGCUUCUAA